AUAUACACAGUCAAGUACUUCUUUGUGUUGGACUCCAAAGGAGAUAGGAUCAUCGCCAAGUACUAUAGUAACGACUUUGAUGGUGUCAACAAGCAGAAGGCCUUUGAAAGAUCUGUGUUUGAUAAGACUGCAAAGAUAAAUGGCGAGAUAACAAUGCUGGAUAACUUUAUCGUUGUAUAUAGACAGUACACCAAUGUGAUCAUCUACUUUGUAGGUGACAAGGACCAGAAUGAGAUCGCCCUGUUGAAUGUAUUGAACACUUUUACAGAGACACUGCACAACCUGUUGGACAGUAACAACAUCAACAAGCAGACUAUAUUGGAGGGCAUCAACUUGACACUGCUGGCACUUGAUGAGAUUAUUGAUGAUGGUAUAUUGUUGGAGAAUGAUCCAUCCAUUAUUGCAAACCGUGUAGGAAUCAGAGUGGGUGGCGAUGCCGAUGACCUGGACCAGAACAUCUCAAAUGUACUGGCGUCUGCCAAGGAGCAACUGGCCAACUUCCUCAAGUAG